AGACUUAUCUUAUGAAAUAUGGCUAUCUUAAAGAAGAACAAAGAGAAUAUAAUGCAGCAAAGUUUGGAGUGGCAGUAAGAGACUUCCAGCGAUCAUCUCACCUUCCAGUCACUGGACACCUGGAUGAAGCUACAGUACAUCAAAUGCACUUACCACGAUGUGGAAUGAAAGAUGACAGUGAAACAAAAUGGCUGUUUAAUAGACCACUUUAUGUAAACCAGCGCAGGAAACGCUAUGCAACAAAAAGUAAAUGGUACAAACAUCAGCUGACCUAUCAGAUUGUGAACUGGCCAUGGUACCUGUCUCAGCAUCAGGUGAGGCAGGCAGUUAAAGCAGCGUUUGAAUUGUGGAGUAAUGUUUCCUCGCUGACCUUCUCAGAGGUUACAACGGGCCCAGCAAACAUUCGUCUGGCUUUCUUCGAUGGAGAACAUAAUGAUGGAGCUAGGCAUGCAUUUGAUGGACCAGGUGGUGCUUUGGCUCAUGCCUUUUUUCCAAGAAGAGGAGAAGCCCACUUUGACAAUGCUGAACACUGGUCAUUGAAUGGGAAGGGCAGAAAUCUGUUUGUUGUCUUGGCACAUGAAAUUGGGCACAGCUUGGGCUUCAGCAUUCACCCAUCAACAACGCCCUCAUGUCUCCAUACUACAAAAAAUUAGGCAGAGAAUAUGUGCUGAAUUUUGAUGAUAUCUUUGCCAUCCAAAAUCUCUAUGGGGCGCCCUCAAGUGGCAGGCUGGUGCAGCUUCCCGGGAAACUGUUCAGUAUGUUUGAAGACUGGAGUGAAGAAAAGAAAGGAGUCACAGAUGGUGCAGUCAGACCAUAUUACUGCCAGUCCAUGUUUGAUGCUGUCACUUGGGACUUGAAACAAACAUUGUACAUCUUCAAAGGCCGACACUACUGGAUGGUGACGUUGGAUGGGAAUGUCUCAGGGCCCCUUCUCACACAGCAGAGGUGGAAGAGAAUACCAGCUUUUGUAGAAGCUGCAGCAGUGUCAGGAUCAGAUGGCAAAUUUUACUUUUUUAAAGGUGGGAGAUGCUGGAGAUACAAAGGUUCUAGACUAGAGGCUGGUUUUCCUCAUAAGUGUAGUGACCAUGGUUUCCCGCGACAUCCUGACACAGUCUUAUAUUUUCCACCACUUGGACAUUUGGUCAUUUUCAAAAGAGAAAAGUACUACGUGAUGAAUGAGGAAUCUAUGAUGAUGGAGCCCUACUAUCCACGCAGCAUACAGGACUGGAAAGGUGUUCCUCACAGUGCUAAUGCAGCAGUGACUCAUCCUAAUGGCUCAGUUUAUUUUUUCAAAGGUGAAAAAUACUGGUUAUUUGAUCAAGACACGCUGAAAGUUACUGCUUCUGGGAAGUGGGUACAAGACUUAUCUUGGCUCAACUGUCAAACGUCUUGA